ACAUAGACUACUCUUUCAUUAUCAAUCAGAAUCGUCAAGAAAAGUAAAUCACAAAAUUUGGUCUUUUUUAGUGAUAAUUUUCCAAUUAAUUGAUUUCCUUUUUUUUAUACUAAUGUAUUGGAAUUUGACUAAUCAGCGAUGGGUGCUCUAACUAGCAGGCAAAAUGCUGGAGUGGAAGAAGCAGACGUUAUUUCUAAUCAUGCUUAUAAAUAUCCACCAAGAUCAGGCAACUAUUUCGGAAGCCAUUUUAUCAUGGGCGGGGAAAGAUUUGACACCCCUCAACCAGAAGCCUACUUGUUUGGAGAAAAUGCUGAUUUAAAUUUCCUUGGGAGCAGACCUACACCUUUUCCAUAUCCUCCCCCACAGUCAAACGAACCUACAAAGACACUAAAAAGCCUGGUUAAUAUCCGCAAAGAAUCACUCCGGUUUGUCAGAUGUCCUGAGCCAGUGGGCAAAGUUGCUGAUUCUAACAAAAUUGGUGACGGUGUCAUGAAAUCUAUUGAAAACAAUGGAAAAGGCACAUAUUACAAUAUUGAGUUUACAUUUGACUGUGAUGCAAGAUGUGCCAUAACAAUAUUUUAUUUCUGUACUGAAGAAGUCACUCCAGCUGGUGUAGUGUAUUACCCUCGUGAUUCAUCAAUGACUUCACAGACGUAUCAUUACAAGAAAGGAGCCAACCAGCAGUUCUGUCAGAUAUCUCAUGUAUUUGACCCCUCUAAGCAUCCAGAAGAAGAUUUGGUGUACAAUGCUGACAGAGAAAUUAUACCAAUAGCUAUUUACUGUGUAGUAGAUGAAGGUCAAGAAGAAAUCAGGCAGUCGCAUACUACAAUCGCCAUAGUGGAAAAACAUUCUGAUGGAACAUAUGUUUUAAAAGCACUAAAACAGAAACUCUUUGUGGAUGGUCUAUGUUACCUUCUGCAGGAGAUAUAUGGCAUUGAAAAUAAGAACCUCGAUACAAAGCCGAGUUCGGACGAGGAGACCGAGGACGGCGGGUCCGAGUGCGUGAUAUGUAUGUGCGACGUGCGCGACACGCUGAUCCUGCCGUGCCGACACCUGUGCCUGUGUAACUCGUGCGCGGACUCGCUCCGGUACCAGGCCAACAACUGUCCCAUAUGUCGCGCCCCCUUCCGCGCGCUGCUGCAGAUACGUGCGCUGCAACGCGUCGCCGCCUCGCCCGCGCUGCUGCCCGCCGCCGCCACGCCCAACGAUGGCAGCCUGGAGAACAUCCCCGCCGGGUACGAGCCGGUGUCGCUGCUGGAGGCGCUGAACGGCCCGCACGCGGCCCGCGCGCCCCCCGCGCCCCGCCCCGCGCCCGCCAUCGCCUCGCCCGACACUGACACCGCCUCACAGGCAGCGGAAAUCCUGAACCGCUGCAACCUGGAGCGCAGCUCAUCGACGAGCCUGGGCAGCAGCGGCAGCAGGAAGGGCAAGUCACACUCCAAGGACGACGUCAAACCGCGAGAAAAACCCACGCACACCCUCACACCUGAGUUCCGCAUGUCUGUACUGUUGGCGCGCGACGAGGCGGCACACAGUCCCCUGCUCAGUACGCCCGCGCCGCCAGAGCGUACCCUAUCAAAGUCUACGUUGAGCCUGGAGUAUGGUCGAGGCAUUGGCUCGGCGGCGUCGGGCUCUGGGUCUGACGAGGAGGAUGGGGAGGGGGAGGGGGACGGGCAGGCGCUGGAGGUGGCGAGCCCCGCCCCCGCGCCCGCCGCGGUCACGCCCACCGCCCCGCCCGACGAGCCCGACAGCGAUGCUGAGCGGCUCUCGCCUCUGCUCACACACCUGCCGCCCAACGGGACCGCGACGGGCGCGAUGGCCCACAUUGACGACACCGACACUGACGAGCCAGAGAGGAUCACGCACUGUACGUACUGAAUUCCAUAACAACACUUAACACCCACAAACGAUAUUAAAAAAAAAAUUACUAAAAGUCAAUAUUUC